CCCCGACUCCCUAGCUGUCUCGCCACCGUGCAUCUUUUAGCUCACUCCUUAGCGUCCUAUCACUCGCAUCGUCGCAUACCACAACCUCACCCUCCCUUUCCGGUUGUCCGCCCUGCCAUCACGCCUAACCUCAACCAAUUCCAUCGUACUCCUGGCUGCUAAUUAUUAUCACUGACAGCCCCUCCUCCUGUCCUCCAGACUUUCUAUAUCUCUGAACUUGUAUCGAUCAAUCAUCCACAGCUCAACCGGUUCUUGAGAAUGCCUCCAGUUCGCCACCAAGCGCCGAAUAGACUUGUAAUUCAAAGAAGGCCCAUUCCUGUAGUAGAAGCGGAGUGUAUUUUACGUUCCGAUAUGGAAAUUAGCCAUAGGACACCUGUCUGUUGUCGAUGUCCUGGCUGCCCACCUGAGGGCCGUAUCAUGCAAUUUGGAAGCUGGUUGUCACAUGAUGGACUGACAUAUUACGAUUCUAUCAAAGAGGCCGAAAAGAAGAUGCCGCCCCAUCAGUCCGUCAGCAACUACCCAUCCCUUUCUGCUCGUAACCAGAAUACCCCUCUACCCUCUGUCGGUAUCGCCACCGACAAUGCCAGAGCCUAUCCAGCGUCUUCAUCAACCAAACAUUUUGUGCCUCCUUUUCCCGCUGCUCUACAAAUGCCAGUAAUGAAGGCUGUGUCCAGUGUUAAAGACGUUGGGGAGGGCGACAGACUCCUACGAUACCUUAAAGAUGUUUUGGAAUGUCUUCAACCAAAUUCUUUGAAGGGACAACAAUAUACUCCUUUCCAGCCUAAUGACUUCUCGACUGUCUCUGAUUUGCUCCCCGCCUUGGGCCUGCGACUUCCUCAACUCUUGUCGAAUGUCCAAAAGCUUGAUAACAAGACCGAAUGGCUUCGAUCCAUCCUCAGAAGCUUAAUUACAGCGAUAGAGUGUCACAUAAAUUUACUCCGGAAGAAGGAUGCCGAGAUUAGUGAAUUGAAGGAUAGGAUGUCAAGAGUAGAAGAAAGAUUGAGACAAAUUGAGGGUAAAGACGCUGAAAAACCGGUGCGAAAAUGAGCUAGGACACUUCCACAGCAGUGCGAUACCGAUAUUGAAAACCUGCUCCACGGCUUUGGUUGGGAAAAUGGUAGUGCUGCCGAUCAAGGGCACGAGACACUUUAUACGCCCGAAAGCCCCUUAUGAUCCUACCCAUCAUGCCAAUGGUGUUACCAAAGUCCGGACCAUGUCAUUUCCAGAUAUGCAUCAUUGCUCGUUUUACCCACAACGUACAAAGCCUCUCCCUGAUUUCAAAUGCUUCCAUCUAUGUC